AUGGCUGUUGGGUGUAUAGAGACAGGCAGCAGAGUAACAUUAGUAAGAUUUAUAUCUGCUGCUGUUGCACCUGCAGCAGCAGCAAGUGCAGCAGCAGCAGCAAGAGCAGCAGCAACAGCAAGAGCAGCAUCAGCAGCAGCAAGAGCAUCAUUAGAUACAUUAGAAGAUCCAUAUGAUUCAUCUGGUGUAACAGCAGCAACAGCAGCAGCAGCAGCAGCAGCAGCAGAUUUAGCAGCAGCAGAAGAAGCAAGAGAAAGAGAAGAAGGAGAAGCAGCAGCAGCAGCAGCAGAACUUCUUGUUGUCUGCAGCGACAACGAUAUACGCCUAUACUCGCUGCAGCAAAUCUUAGCAGCAGCAGCAGCAAAACCAGGAGCAUUGCUGCAUGUACAACCUCUGCAGCAAUAUUCAUGGGGAAGUAAAUUCUUCCCUCGUGCUGUUGAUGUUACUAGUGCUCCUUGUGGUGCUCCUUGGGGUCCAUUAAUAGCAUUAGGGUUAGAUGAGGAUUCGUCGGACUCGGAUGGAGACAUGGAGGGGACAGGCAGCAGCAGCAGCAGCAGCAGCAGCAGCAGCAGCAGCAGGGAUAUUGUUGGGAUCGGUGGGAUCGAUCCCCAAUAUCUUGGACCCCACACAUCUAGUUCUUAUCUGCAGCAGCACCAUCAGUAUAACCGUCACCAUUAUAGCCAACUGCAGCAGCAGCAGCAGCAGCAGCAGCAGCAUGACCAGCAGCAGCAGCAGCACCACCGCAACAGACGCCAGAAGGGCAGCCAUACUCUCCUCUUCUGUGUCCCCUCAGCAGCAAAAGUUCAAGAAUUACGCAAAAAGGAGACACCCCAACUAUUACCUCAUAUCAUGGAUCAUUUCCUGACGUAUGUUUUGCUAAUUUAUCCAUGGAUUUAG